UAACAUUUAUGAAGGAGUCUCCAGUGUCAGCGCUUUGUAACAGUGAGAGGUGAAGGUGAACUUUAAGUUUCUGUCUUAUGAACUUGAGGAGAGAGAAUAAAGAGAAGCUGGUGAAGGAACGACUGUUUGUAGCUGCUAUAGCAUGUCGGAUGUAGAAGAGGAAUCUCAGAUGGGAGCGGAAUCUGAAGAGGAGGAUUCUGAGCUGUCAGAUGGAGAGCUUCAAGAAGCUUUCUCCAAAGGGCUCCUCAAACCUGGCAUGAACAUUCCUUUAGAAGAACCUAAAAAAGCACAGAAUGACGUGGAGGGUUUGAAGAAAUGCCUGGCGGAGUUUAAGAGGAAUAUGGCCUGGGUGGAGAGGCUGGACCUUACCACUCUGCCUGCCGCGAACAUCGUGGAUAAAGUGGCGGGCAGGACGGAGCCGAGCCAGGAUGUAGACGAGAUCAACGCAGACGACGACUUUCAAAGGGAGAUGUACUUUUAUCGACAGGCCCAGGCGAGUGUCCUCAAAGCGCUGCCCAAGUUAAAGAAGUUAAAGAUUCCCACCAAACGGCCGGAUGAUUACUUUGCGGAGAUGGCCAAAUCUGAUCAGCACAUGCAGAAGAUCAGGAAGAAGCUGAUCCAGAAGCAGAUGGCGAUGGAGAAAUCAGAGAAAGCCAAGAAGCUGAGAGAACAGAGGAAGUACGGCAAGAAGGUCCAGGUGGAGGUUCUGCAGAAGAGGCAGAAGGAGAAGAAGUCCAUGAUGACGGCGGUGAAGAAAUAUCAGAAAGGUAUGACUGAUAAACUGGAUUUCCUGGAAGGAGACGCUGUGGGGAAGAAAGCAGAAGGAGCACCGUCCAAACCACACGUCAACAAGAAAGGCCCUAAUUCUAAGAGGAAGUACAAGGACUCGAAGUUUGGGUUCGGUGGUAGAAAGAAAGGCUCGAAGUGGAACACGAAAGAGAGCCACAACGACGUGUCAGGAUUCCGGGCCAAAGUCGCUCACGGAAAAGCGGGCAAGAAGUUCAGCAAAGGAGGGAAGAAGAACAAGCGUCCAGGAAAAGAAGCACGGCGUAAGAUGAAGUCGCGGAAGUGAGACGUGAUCGUGGUUAACAUCCUUAACAUGGAGAUCUGACUGGACUUGCAUGGACUUCAGUGGACCUCCAUGUUGGCACAAGUUACUCCACACACAGACACACACACACGGUGGAAGCUUGGUGUAGGGUGUGUUUUUUUUGGUUUUGUUUUUUGAGGAAGAGGACUUUAAAGAGAUUCUUACUCUUUUAAAAAUAUUUUUAAUGUUUUAUUUCCUUCAUAAUUUGUGAAUGAUGUGCAGACUGGAUCAAUGUGUCAUUAUGUUGGCUUAUUAUUUUUCUAUCCAGGAUUUUUGUAAUGCCAUAUUGUUCCAAGUGCCACAGUUUGCGUGGAUUUCCUGUGACUUUUCAACGAACAUGGAGGCUCUGUGACGAAUCAGAACCGAGGACUCUCUGAAUGUGUCGUAGUGUUACCUGUGACCGUAGGAAGUGUUUCUCUGGUGACUAAUGACAGGCACAAGAAAUAAAAAAAAAAAAAAAAAAAUGAAGAGUCCCAUCUUCUCUAAUUGAUUUCAUCAUUCAGCUCACUAAUAAGAAUCGAUUCUUUUUGUCACCCAAAUGAAUCAUUGCUUCCCCCCUACCAACCCCUCCCAAACCAAUAUCACAACCUGUAAUUAUUAUUUUUAUUCCUUCUAGCUAGCUGAAAUUGUUUCAUUAUGUCUUACUUUAUAAUUAACAAAAUAAAUUUUAAAACAAUUCAUAUAUGCGAGUUGACUCUUCAGUGAACGUUAAGAGCGGUCUCGCCUAUAUGUAAGUGAGGUUUUUCUUUUCCUACUUUGCUCCUCUUUUUUUGUCGUAUUUGUAGGUAUUACUCACGAAGUGUAAUUCGUCAAAAUGUUUCCGUGGAAACUGCUUUUUUUUUCUUUGUUAGUGUGAAUCAUCCGAUGUGCAUUCGAUUCGGGUAGGAUUCGUUUGACUAUUUUUAUAAAAUGUAAUGCAAAUAAUUUUAAGAUUUCAUGGAACAAUUUCAUCUAUAAGAAGAAAAGUCACAAGUGAAAAUAUUGUAAACUUCUGUAUAUUAAAAAGUCAA